CCUGCAUUGGAAGCGUGACUCGACUUCAUCGGUGUGACUUCGGCUCUCCAUCGAGUGUUCAAGUAAUAUUAUAACUUAUAUAAAAAAGUAAGACUACAUUUGGGUUUGGAUUAAUGCAGCACAUAGAGCCAACAAGACAAGCUGCGUGAUGUCGCUUUUAGAAGACAUCGUGGAUAUACUGCAAUGUGUCCUUGAGUAUUUCGGAGUUCCUGCUGACAUGCUGGUCCCGGUGUGGGACAACCAACUCUGUGGACAGUAUCGAAGCAUCGUUCGGAUGAUAGGCACUAAUUUGCCCCUGACUCCUUAUCCCCGACUCCACUUCCAGAUUCCGUUGCAAGUCCACAAGAGACAUGGACAUGUUGACAUCAGUAUGGACAGCCCAGCAAUCCCAUCUUUUGCAGAUGUACUUUGGAUAGCAGAGGAUGUAGAAGACCAUUUCUCCAAAUUCAGAAAUGCUAUUCCGUUGAAAAGAUGUCCGGUGCCUCAAGUGUUUGUAACACCACCAGUGGAGAUGGUUGCAGGCCCAGUGUCCCGGACAUCCUCGGCUCAGCUAGGUGGCAGGAUGCUGGGGCAAAGGACUAACCCGGAGGCCCUGAGGAAAAUCUCAGCCCUGGAGGAAGAGCUGCUUAAACUCCGUGCUCAGAUUGCAAUGAUCGUCACAGCUCCAUCAGGAACUACUCCUCCUAAUAAGAACUCAGUCUCCCCCUGCCGAUCCCCUCUCCCACCUCCUGUUCAGACUUCAACCCCUCGAGCUGCUCCUCCACCCCCUCCUCCUCCUCCUCCUCCUCCUCCACCUCCACCUCCUGUCUCUGACUCUCCAACACCGUCUGCCCUGGAGACCAUAAAACAGCGGAGGGCGGCAAGCAAAGGCCAGUCCAGGAGGAGUGAGCUAUCUGCGGGCUCCGCCUCCACCGGUCUCCCCUCCAUGCUGGAUGUGUUGAAGGACCUGAACCAGGUCAAACUCCGCACGGUGGAGAGGUCGCCAGGCGGAACCCCCGUGAGGAAGAGGAGGAGCAAGGGCACUGUGUGUGCGUCGGACCCCGCCGCUUUAAUUGCAGAAGCACUGAAGAGAAAGUUUGCCCAUCGCCAGAGAGACGACUCCUUCGAUAAGGAGAACAGAUCGGCUGAGCUGUCGCCCUUCGGAAGUCCCGAGGCGCCAUUUACCCAGAGCCACACAAGGCGGAGCCAAGGACGAAUUCACCUCUAAACAUUUUGACCCCACGGUCGCCAGCAACCAAUCACAUCAGACGUUGGUGUGUUUCAUAUGACUACUGCAUACUUCAGACACUGCUUUCACAGGGCCUUGUUUAUGUUACUCACCCACUAUCUCUAGAUGGUGUUAAACAGGCUGCCUUGUUGUUUUUCCACUGGACUCCAGGUCCUACACAAAGGUACUUUUUUUGUGGCUUUGAUACUAGUUUACUCCAGGCGAGGGAUGAAGUUCAAUAACGCAGUCAUUUCAGUGAUGUUUGUUCAUGCUGUACAUGUUACAUUUUUUAUUAUUAUUAUUUGCUUUUUUCUGUAGAGCUUUUCUUGUAAAGCCUCGCAAUAACGGAUUCUGUGAUUGCUAAUUGAUGCAAUGGCUAUUUUGGUUUGCUUAGGUGAGAGCUUGAAAAUAUGUCUGAACAUAACUUAUAAAUUGUAUAUGACCUCAUGUUAUAGGUUGUGCAAAAAAAAAUUAUGCAUAAAUUAUAACCGCACAAGGAUACAAGUAGCCUUUGAGAAAUCCACCAGGGGCACUCUUUAAGAGAAGAGAUACUAAAAAUACAUUACUUGUAUAUGUAGAGGGCAAUACAUUAACACUGACUACCUGUCGACACGAUCAAUCAUACGAUCUUGAAGACUGGUGUGAACUCUGGAUGCUCACAAGGUUGUUUCAGCGCCUUUGUUCGAAGUCAAGCAAUACUCACCACCAGUGAGCCUCUCUAGCUGCGUACUUUGAAUCCAUGAAAACCUGUUUAAAACCCGCAGGUGAUGGAUCGUAACUGUAGCCCUAAUCUAUGCAAUGGCUUUAUCUCUAUGGUCUAUGGUUUCUUUUUUUGUUUGUCUCACUUUGCUCUUCUUGGCCUCUCGUGUCCUCUUCCUGGAUGCGUACGGUGUGGGGCUGUCAGGUUUGUGCCAGGGAUGGAUUGGCACACAGCCCUCAGCAUCUGCUGCACUUUUCCAUUGUCUCAAAUAACAGGCAGCUAAACUGAUCUCGAACCAGCAAGGGCACCUUCUCUUUACGUUAUCUUUUUUUUCCCUCUUCUUCAAGGCAAACAUGAAGUAAAGACAUGCUAAAUGGUGCUAGCAUUUUUUUUUAUUUUUCUGUGGCAUUUUGCCUUUCGCCUCGUGAGAUGCCGCCACAAUGGUGGUUGAUGUCCACACUCCUAUUAUGUCAUGUGGUCAGAAAUUGUGGUGAUGGGGUGAAAAACUGUCCUGGUGGUCUAGGACCUGCUCCCUGCCUCUGGAGUCGACUAGUUUAAACUCCUGGCUCAUGGGUUUUAUGGGGGAGAAUCCUGUUUGAGAUUGUAUGCUAGCUCUAGUGACGGUGUCAUCAGACCCUAGUGAGAAUGGCCUGAGACGCGCUUGAGAUCUGUGCGAGAUCUCUGAGGCCUGCGUCAGACUGCGAGCCUGCCUGACUUGUGUGAAACUUACAAGACUGUGAGUUUCGGGUGGGAGAUUGUGUGUGUGUGUGUGUGUGUGUGUGUGUGUGUGUGUGUGUGUGUGAGGGAGAGCAAGGGAGAGCAAGGGAGAGAGACUCAAGCAGAUGCUUUAUUGACACACACAGCUUGGCAUGCUCUGAGGAUUCCCACACCAUGCUGGGCUGUGAAAGUGUGUGUGUGUGUAUUCUGGCAGACCUUUCCUUUUUCCUUUUUUUGCACAUUCAGCUGUACCAGACAGGCUCCAGUCUGCCUCAGUACCCAGCCAGGCCUGUACAUGUUUAUUUAAAAGGUUUAUAUCCUGUCCUCAAUGUCAGUCUCUUGUGGGAGAAUACAGAAUGUUUUGGUAUUUGAGUAUGUUUUGAAUGUUCAUUUAGAUUCUGACUCACUCAAAGGUGUGAGGCUUGUAGUGUAUCUCCUCAAGCUGCAAGCUGUCUGGUGUCUGUCUUUCUAUCAAAAUAAAAAAAGAUUGUUGCUUUGGAAA